UGGGUCAGCUGUACUGUCCAGCAACCAAUGGAUUUAAAAAAGGACUCAAGUGCAACUUUUUAACCACAGGUUCUAUUUACUUUUCUUUAACAGAGGAAAUCCAAGAUCACUGCCUCGCGCAAGCUGAUGCUCAAGAGCUUGUUGCUGGCCAGGGCAAAAGAAGCUCUUGAGCAGGAGAUCAUUGACAAGGAGGAGGAGAAGAAGCGUUACCUGACAGAGAGAGUCCCUCCGCAGACCACUGGCGGCCUUUCGUUCAGAGAGCUGCAGGAGCUGUGCCGGGAGCUGCACUCCAAAAUCGAUAUAGUGGAUGAGGAGCGGUACGACAUUGAGGCCAAAGUCAUUCACAACACCAGAGAGAUCCAAGAUCUGAAUUUGAAGGUGUUCGACCUGCGAGGGAAGUUCAAGCGUCCCAAUCUCAGGAGAGUUCGGGUCUCUGCAGACGCCAUCCUGCGCUCACUGCUGGGCUCCAAGCACAAGGUCUCCAUGGACCUCAGAGCUAACCUCAAGUCUGUCAAAAAGGAAGAUGCUGAGAAGGAAAGACCAGUGGAGGUGCGUGAUUGGAGGAAGAAUGUGGAAGCCAUGUCUGGGAUGGAGGGCAGGAAGAAAAUGUUUGAUGCUGCAUCUGUCCCCCCACAAUAGGAGGAUAGCGUGGGGUGAAACCUGGGGUGGACCUUGACGUAUUGAACCUGUGCUUGUGUAUAAUUGAUACAGUGGAUAUUUAAAAAAAAAUCUGUCUUUAGCUGCAAAAAAAUACUUCGUCUGCUGUGUUUGCUUUAUAUUCUGUUUAUCAUAAGGUCUGUUAUCAGUAGGGACUGCACCCAAGAAUAAUAUUGAACUGGUUGCUGUUUCCAGGACAGGGAGUUGCUUAUCCUGGUUGUCCAAUGUAAUGGACAUAAACCAUGAAAACAUCAACCAGUAAGCUUUGCACUGUGUUUGACAGCUGACAUUAGAUACUGCUGCCCUCUAAUUUCACAGAAAGGAAAUUUAGCUGUCUUGGGGCUUCAUUCAUAUGUCAUUAUUGUGUCAGUAAAAUGCAGUCCCUUUACAUUCACUGACACAGUCGUGCUUUUAAGAACACAGCCCUCUGUUUCAGUGUAAAGACUGGUCAUAGUAUAUCUUAGAUUGUUAGGAGCAGAAUGUCCAGCUUACAGGAAGACAUUUAGACCUGAAAUAAAUUGAUUAGAGCGCUGCCAUAGCCAUGGCAGCACUAUAUUCUAUUGCUAUUUGUAUAGCGCCGUAGCGACUUUGGCAGAUCAUUAUGAUUUAAUCUGGGUCUUUUAGAAAAGGACUAUUGAUUUAAGUGCUGGCUAUGUGUGUUUUCCAGUAAGAAUGUUACAGCAACCCUCAAAUGGCAGUUUGGUAUUAUCGGUAUUUCAUUUGAAACAAUGUUGCUUUUCUCUCUACUAUCUGCUAUUGGUGAACAUUUGAAAUGUCACUGUUUGUUUCAGCUAAUCUGAUCAAAUAAAGCGUAGCUAUGACCAAAUGUUACACCAAGGGAAUUUCUGUCUGCAUAAUACAGCAAUAAUAAAAUGUGUUGAGUUUUUUUUCUUCUAAAA